AUGUCUGAUUCAGACUCGGAUGAGGGCGGCGGCCUCCUCCCCCCGAUCCACCGCGCCGCGAUCGCCGGCGACCUCGAGGCCUUGCGGCGCGAGCUCGAAGCUGGCGUCUCGCCGGACUGUUUGUGCUAUUCCGGUGGCAGCCAGUAUACGCCGCUUAUUAUACUUUGCUCAAGCGGUACAACAUAUGGACCUGGUUUUGGCGGCUCUGACGACAUUCGUCUACAGGCGGUCAAGAUUCUUCUCGAGGCGGCGCUACUCCAGGUCACAUCGAAGGAUUGCCGCAGAAGCGGCCUCUUUGCUUCGCGGCUUUCCUUGGGAACGUGGCGAUAGUCAAAUUAUUAAUAGCGGCGGGCGCCGACGUAACUCAUGCCGACACUCAGGACGGUUGGACGGCACUUCACGCGGCCGUAUCCAGAGGGCGGGCUCGAAACGCGUCCUGCGCAGCAGCGCUCCUAGAGGCGGGCGCCGCUGUCGACGCCGGGUACGGUUACGGUAUUGUGCGCCAAACGCCGCUCGUGAGGGCUGUGGAAACUUAUGGUUACUCCCGUUCAUCCAUUAUUCCAGUCUUGCUACGCUUCGGCGCGAGGAUCGAUAUGACGAGGCUCGAAAGAUACAGCGGUAUUGCUAGCCACGCCUACGCCUACCUCGCGAAGGUCCACGCGGCCGGCGGCUGGAAGCGCUACGAGCGCGCGCAUCGCAUGCGCCUCACGUCGACGUUCGCCCGAGUCCUAUUUCCGCGCGUGCCCACGGAGGUCGUCUCCCACAUCGUCGACCUGUGGGCCCACGUCGGCUACUACUGA